GGCCGCGGCGCCUCCCCCAGCGCAGGAAAAGGCGGAGUCGCGGCCCGGCUCGGGACGGGGAGGAGGAGCCGCGGCGGUUGCAGCGGGGGCCGGCAGAAGCGGAGACGCUGUCGCCUUCAGCCACUCGCAGGGAGCCCCGCGGCGCCCGGCACCGCCCCGCGCGGGGAGGAGCGGCCCGGCUGCCCUCUGACGAGCUACGGGAGCGGCCGGCAGCAGCGGUCCCCGCGCCCCCAGGAGAGACACCCCGCCGGGCCGGCAUGAGGAGCGAGCGGCGCAGCCCCAGGUGGGGCCUCUGCGGCCUGAGCCUGCUCGCCUGGCUGCUGGUGCUGCCCCCGGUGCAGGUACUUUCACAAUCAUGUGUUUGGUAUGGGGAGUGCGGAAUGAAUCCUGAAGGUAAAAGAUAUAACUGCAAAUAUACAGGACUACCAAUACCAUUACCAAAGGAUGGAUAUGACUUAAUGCAGGAACUCUGCCCGGGUCUAUUCUUUGAUAACGUUAGUGUUUGUUGUGAUGUUCAGCAGCUUCAGACUUUGAAAAAUAACUUGCAGCUGCCUCUGCAGUUUCUCUCCAGAUGCCCAUCUUGUUUUUAUAAUUUAAUUAACCUGUUCUGUGAGUUGACCUGCAGUCCACAUCAAGUUGACUUUUUGAAUGUUACAAAUACUGUACCUUAUUAUGAUCCUGUCACAAAAGAGAACAAAACCAGCAUCACAGAACUACAGUAUUAUAUUGGGGAGAGUUUUGCCAAUGCCAUGUAUAAUGCCUGCAAAGAUGUGGAAGCACCAUCAAGUAAUGAUAAAGCAUUGGGGCUACUAUGUGGGAAAGAUGCUAAAGACUGCAAUGCUACCAAUUGGAUUGAGUACAUGUUUAAUAAGAAUAAUGGACAGACUCCUUUCAGCAUCAUUCCUAUUUUUUCAGAUAUUUCUGUCCAUGGAAUGAGUCCUAUGAACAAUGCUACCAAAGGCUGUAAUGAAUCUACAGAUAAUGUUACAGGACCAUGCAGCUGUCAGGACUGUUCCCUUGUUUGUGGUCCCAAGCCUCAGCCCCCUCCACCUCCUGCACCUUGGCUUUUGCUUGGUUUGGAUGCUAUGUAUGUCAUCAUGUGGAUCGCCUACAUGGGAUUUUUACUUUUAUUUUUUGCAAUCAUUUUUGGAGUCUGGUGUUACAGAAAAAGGCAUUUUGUCUCCGAGUACACUCCAAUCGACAGCAAUAUAGCCUUCUCUGUUAAUUCUCGCCAUGACAACGGUGAGGCUUCCUGUGGUGAAAGACUUGGUGAGAGAUUUGAGAACUGUUUACGGCUCACAUUCAUGUCCUGGGGGGCUUUCUGUGUUAGAAAUCCACGGCCUGUUGUUCUCUUCUCUCUGGUCUUCAUUGCUAUGUGCUGUUCAGGCAUGAUGUAUAUGAAAAUCACUACAAACCCUGUAGAGCUUUGGUCAUCCCCAAGCAGCCAAACUCGCAAGGAGAAGCAGUACUUUGACACUCACUUUGGACCUUUCUUCCGUACUGAACAACUUAUUAUCCGAGCCCCACACAGUAAGCCACACAUCUACUCACCAUACCCAUCAGGAGCUGAUGUGCCUUUUGGGCCUCCGCUUGACAAAGACAUCCUAUACCAGGUGCUAGAUUUGCAGAAUGCUAUUGAAAACAUAACUGCUUCUUAUGACAAUGAGACUGUAAUGCUGAAGGACAUCUGCCUGGCUCCUCUUGCUCCCUACAAUAACAACUGCACUAUCCUGAGUGUGCUCAACUACUUUCAGAACAGUUACUCUGUUCUAAACCAUUCAGUUGGGGAUGAGUUCUAUGUCCAUGCUGAUUACCACACUCACUUCUUGUACUGUGUCCGGGCCCCAGCAUCUCUAAAUGAUACAAGCGAGCUUCAUGAUCCCUGUUUGGGAACAUUUGGUGGACCUGUCUUUCCAUGGCUAGUGUUGGGAGGAUAUGAUGAUGAAAACUACAACAAUGCUACAGCCCUCGUUAUUACCUUCCCUGUCCAAAAUUACUACAAUGAGACACACAAGCUGAUGAGAGCUCUGGCCUGGGAAAAAGAGUUUAUCAGCUUUGUGAAAAACUACCACAAUUCAAACUUAACCAUUUCAUUCUCUGCGGAACGGAGUGUUGAAGAUGAGAUAAACCGUGAAAGUAACAGUGAUAUCAGUACUGUUGUAAUUAGCUAUGCUGUCAUGUUUCUGUACAUCUCAAUAGCCCUGGGACACAUCAAAAGCUGCGAAAGAUAUCUGGUGGAUUCAAAAAUCUCUCUGGGCAUUGCAGGCAUCCUGAUCGUAUUGAGUUCAGUAGCAUGUUCUCUGGGUAUCUUCAGCUAUUUUGGAAUCCCACUAACACUGAUUGUUAUUGAAGUCAUUCCAUUUUUGGUGCUAGCUGUUGGGGUAGACAACAUCUUCAUUAUAGUUCAGACAUUUCAGAGAGAUGAGCGUCUUCCAGGUGAAACUCUGGAUAAGCAGAUCGGCAGAAUCCUAGGAGACGUGGCUCCUAGUAUAUUGCUCUCGUCUUUUUCAGAGACCGUAGCAUUUUUCUUAGGGACUUUGUCUACCAUGCCAGCUGUCCGCACUUUCUCCUUGUUUGCUGGAAUGGCUGUGUUCAUAGACUUCCUUCUUCAAAUAACCUGCUUUGUAAGUCUCUUGGGAUUGGACAUUAAGCGACAAGAGAGAAAUCAAAUGGAUAUUCUGUGUUGUAUCAAAGGCGGGGAAGAAGAAAGAGUCCAGCACUCUGAGAGCCUCUUGUUGCUGUUCUUCAAAGACUUAUAUUCUCCAUGUCUGCUUAAAGACUGGCUGCGACCAAUUGUGAUAUCCUUGUUCGUGGGCCUUUUGUCAUUCAGUAUAGCAGUUGCUCACAAAGUAGAGGUUGGUUUGGAUCAGUCUCUGUCAAUGCCAGAUGACUCCUAUGUAAUGGAUUACUUCAAUUAUCUCAGCAAAUACCUGCAUGCUGGUCCUCCGGUGUAUUUUGUCCUUGAAGAAGGGCACAACUACACCUCUUUGGAGGGACAGAACAUGGUGUGUGGUGGAGUGGGAUGUAAUAACAAUUCACUUGUGCAGCAAGUCUUCACUGCAGCAGAAAUUGACAGCUACACAAGAAUAGGCUUUCCACCUUCUUCAUGGAUUGAUGAUUAUUUUGAUUGGGUUAAACCACAGUCAUCUUGCUGCAGAGUCUACAACACUACUGGACAGUUCUGCAAUGCUUCAGUUGUUGAUGUAUCGUGCAUGCGUUGCCGUCCACUGACUAAAGAAGGCAAGCAAAGGCCUCAGGGUGGAGACUUCAUGAAAUUUUUGCCAAUGUUCUUGUCCGAUAAUCCUAAUCCUAAAUGUGGAAAAGGAGGCCAUGCUGCAUAUAGCUCUGCUGUCAGCUUCAUAAACAAUAACUCUGAUGUUGGAGCUACUUACUUUAUGACUUACCAUACAGUACUAAAAACCUCAGCUGACUUCAUUGAUGCUAUGAAAAAAGCACGGAUCAUAGCAGAUAACAUUACUGAAACCAUGGGCAUCAAAGAAAAGAAUUACCGUGUGUUCCCUUACAGUGUGUUUUACGUCUUCUAUGAACAAUAUCUGACAAUUGUGCAUGACACCAUCUUUAACCUCUGCGUGUCCCUGGGAUCAAUAUUCUUGGUGACGACUGUGCUGCUUGGUUUUGAAGUGUGGGCUGCUGCGAUGGUAUCCAUUACUAUUGCUAUGAUACUAGCCAACAUGUUUGGAAUAAUGUGGCUUUGGGGCAUAAGCCUGAAUGCUGUUUCACUGGUUAACCUUGUUAUGAGCUGUGGUAUCUCGGUGGAGUUCUGCAGUCACGUCACAAGAGCAUUCACUGUUAGUACCAAGGGUACCAGAGUAGAGCGUGCAGAAGAAGCACUCUCCCGCAUGGGCAGUUCUGUUUUCAGUGGCAUCACUCUGACAAAAUUUGGAGGAAUUGUAGUGUUGUUCUUCUCCAAAUCCCACAUCUUUCAGAUCUUCUACUUCAGGAUGUAUCUAGCCAUGGUGGUGCUUGGAGCUACCCAUGGAUUAAUAUUUCUUCCUGUUAUGCUUAGUUAUAUAGGCCCAUCAGUAAAUAAAGCUAAAGCUCGUGCUGCACAAGAAAGAUACAAAGGUACAGAACGAGAGAGACUCCUCUACUUCUAGCCCUUUUAACAGUAUUCAGUGGACUUCAUGAACUGUGGCUUAAGCCCCAUUCAGCAUAAGACUGAACUGCAGCAAUGUUCUAUGACUAUCACACUGUAACCACUGGUUUAAACUUGUGCACCAAUCCAUCUACAGGCGAACAGCAGCUUUGGACAUUGAAAGCUUUCAAUCUCAGGAAAUGCUACAUGUGACUCAUGGACUAGUAUUACUAAAACUAGAUGUAUUAACAGGAUCUCUAUUUUAAGAGGCUGCAUCUUUUUCUUUGAGAAAUAUAACAAGUUGAAAACCUUUUCCAGCAAGGUGACGUGUGUAUGAGAAUGGACUGCCAACCCACUGAUGCUACUUUUAAAUGCAACUCAAUGCAACUUUUUGGCUCUAUUUUUAGGGAAAAACAAGCCAUCACUCUAGAGGUUGUGUAAUAUUUUUAGUAAUAUUUGCCACAAUGGUCUAUGUAUACUUUAUUAUAAAAUUUGUAGUUCAAAAUCUCAUUACUUAAAUGCAAUAAAUUAUACAUUUUGUAUGAAAACAGUACACUUUCAGAAAGUGGUAGGCUUCAUAAGAGCCUGUUCUCCAAAAAUCUGCUUGAAGAAGGUGACAUGUUCUUCACAAUGUUCUCCUGCAAGACAGGACAAAAGGUUUAGGUCUAAUGUAAUAGGAUUUUGUGCUAAGACAGCUGGGGUGACAUUCAAAUUCAGAACAAAAUGAACUGCACCAAUAGUCGUGUUUAGCUUUUUCCUACAUGGAAGUGGUUUUUGCUUUACUUAUGUUUUUAGCUUUUUUCAUUAGAAGCAGCUACUAUUUUUAGAGUGAACUUCCAUUUUAAGGCCUGUCAGCUGAAUAGCCUUAAGUGGAUAUUUGCAUCAGCUUCUUCUGUUUUUAAUGGUGCUUUCACCUUGGUGAGACUGUGUAAAAUCUGCAAGAUCUGGGUAUAGUUCUAGUAGGCUAGAGGCACAUGCAGCACACAUUUUGCAAUAACUGGGAAGGGAAGUAUUAAAGCAGUUAAAUGGAAACUGAUAGUACUUUGUUUUGGGUUUAGGUUGAGCGUGUUACCUUAUGAGUCCAAAAUUUUGUUAUUCACUAAUCCAUAAUUCCAUCUCAUGUUCAAGUGACUUCACACAAGAGGAAUGAGACAGCAGGGAUGGUGUAAGGCAAUUUUUUUAUGCAGUGGAGUUAAAUUUCAAAUAGCUUUAGGUUGAUGAUUGUUCACUUAACUAAUUAUUUUGAAAACUUCUGUAUGCACACUUUUGUAAACUUGAUAUUGGGGGAAGGGCACUGAAGAGCUUAACUUAAAUGUUUCUAAUAAACUUAGCUGUUUGUUAUAUGU